CUCGUCCUCAGAUUUGGUGUCUGGUGUCCUCCCAGAAGAAACAAAUCGUCAUAAAUUUCUCCUUCGAACAUCAAAAAUGAUAACUAAUCAAGCACAAACUUCAUCUCUGCCAAUCGUUUCUUUCUCUCUGGUUAUUCAUUUGCAAGUUCUCUCCUCAUCUAUAAUAUUCCUCACCGUGGAAUAUCAAGAGAAAACGAGGCUAACGAGCUAUGGCAAAUUCAGACGUCAGAACAAAAAGAGAAUCAGUGAAAGCAGAAAGAAACUCUUCUCAGUUGGAUUUACCAAUCGUUAAGUCUUCUUCACUUGUGGAAGAUCUGCACAAGUCAAGAAAGAAACUUGAUGGGUACAAAGAGAGUAGAAGAGAUUCAGCGUAUACAAGAGGUAUUGCUCAAGUGGAACUGUCCAAGGCAAAGAAGCUGAUAAAGGAGCUCACAUUACUUAUAGAGAAGUCGAAUCGUGGUGCAGAGUUUCUCAAAUGAGAUACGGAAGCUUUAAAGAUAGAUACAAACAUCGAGGAAAAUGGAAUGCAUGCAGAAGUUAUGAGAGAUUUGGAGGCUGUCAAAGAAGAGUUGUGUAGGCUGAAGGUUGAUUUUGACUCUGUAUUGGUAGAGAGAACUGCAGCAGAGAAAGAAGUUGAGGAAUUGCAGACUAAAACAGAAAGGAAUUUGAGAUUGUUGGAGAGACUUAAGAAGGAGAUCGAAGUGGCUAAAGAAGAUUUUUUUUUGGUUGAAUUGGGAAAGACGGAGGCAUUGAAGGAAUACAAAGAGAUAGAGAGGCAGAGAGAAGGAAAAAGGAAAGAGGUUUUGUAUUUGUUGGUUGAAAAAGAUAAGAGAAUCAAGGAAAUGUUGGAAGAGGCAGAGAGAUCGAAGGAUAUUGAGAACGAGUUGUUUGAGACGACUUCUGAUGUUGAGAUGUUACAAACACAGCUAAAUCUUGUCAAGAAAAUGGAGAGGAGAGACAAUAGCAUGUCGAGAUCAAACCGUUCUUUUGGAAGAGGAAAAUCGGUUUUGAAAGAGGUCACAGAAGCGAAGAAGGAGGAGCUUGCUUCUGUUAACGCAGAACUCUUCCGGCUCAUGACUAUAAUGGAUGCGUUGAGGAAAGAGAAUCUCAAAGCCAAAGAAGAAACAGCUCGCCUCAACAAAGUCUUACGUGAAGAUGAUGCUAUGAUUCAGAAACUCAAUUCGAAGAUGAUUAUGGUGAAAUCGAGAUUGGAACUAGCAUUAUCGUCUAAAGAAAGAGUUAGCUCUCUCGCUGACAGUUUAGCUGGUUCAUUUGAGAAGUUAAAGAAGAACAAAGAAGCUGCAAAGAAAGAGGAGCGUCUUCUUGAAGAAGAGAAGACGGUUACAAAGGCGGAAACAGAGAAAACAAGACUCGAAAUAGACGAAAAGGAACGAGAACUGAUUUCAAAGUUGGAUGAGCUCGAGAAAGUGAAGCAAGCAGAGGCUUUAGUGCUUGAUAAGCUUGAAGCUCUCAUAGAAGACACAAUGGAGAGACGGGAAACAGAGUCUAAGCAUUGUUCAACGAUCACAAUCUCGAGGUUUGAGUACGAGUAUUUGAGUAGACAUGCUUCUCAAGCAGAAGAAACCGCAGAGAAGAAAGUUGAAGCAGCAGAAGCUUGGAUUAAAGCACUCAAAGUUAGCACAAAAGCGAUUUUGAUGAAGAAUGAAACUUUGAUGAGAGAGAGUGGAGUGACGAGAGUGGAAGAAGAGAGGGAAGCUUUUAGGACGCAAAGGUCGUUGUCGACGAAGCAACUGGUCGAGGGUGAGAUUCAGAAGUUUAAGGGGAAGCCUGAAGGAGAAAGCUAUCUAUCUCCUAAACCGGUUGGAAAAUCUGUGCGGUUAAGCCCGGAAUUCAAACCGGUACAACGAGGGAAGCCAAGAAGAUACUCAUCCGUGGGGACUCCGACUUGCUUUGUAAUCAAGAAGAAGAAGAAAGUUCCGACCUUGGUCAAGUUUUUUAGUCGGAAUAGGUAAAAAGAAUCAAAAUCAUUUUGGCUUUUGAGAACAAUGAGAAACGUAGAAAUACAAAGGUUAAUCCAUGAAUUGAUUCAUAUUCUUUUUACCUUUUCCGAGUGAGUGUUUUUGUUGUUCUCUUUCUUUUGUUGGCUGAAAAAGCAUGUGGUUUGGAUGAAAUGAGCAAUUGAAAAAUAGA